CGCCAUCAACUUGCUUACAGCAUCGGAUCUGUAACUGCUUACCUCAUUUUAACUGUAUUUUGAUAUCAGCAAAGUAGCCCUCUUUGCUCUCAAUUGUUGUCGACCUAAGAGUUCUGUGCAAAGUCACUGCUCCAUUUCACCACCAAUCCCCUUUAUCCUAAAUCAAUGCAACCUGCACUGGCGCCAGCGCCGCAUCCAAGCAUGCAGACCUCUGCUCAGGAUCACGCAGACCAGGUCCUUCAUGACCAGCUGCUAGCUGCUCAACACCACCUCGGCGGUCGCCCCCAGGGUGCUCCGGGCCAACAACAGCACUUGCAGCCCAACAAUGCUAGCCCCCGUGACCAGCCAAACAUUGACCCCGCCAUCUCGGGAGCCAUGCUCGGCGCGCCCCAAACCCCCACUCAACCCCAGGGUUCUCCCCCAUCUGACGGUGGCUCCAAGAGCUACGGAAAGCGUGAGCUUUCGACUUCCAAGCGCGCUGCCCAGAACCGUGCUGCUCAGCGCGCAUUCCGCCAGCGCAAGGAAACCUACAUCCGCAAGCUUGAGGAAGAGGUGAAGAAUAUCGACCCCCUGAAGGACCAGGUCAAGUCUCUGGUCGGCGAGAACUACCAGCUGCGCGAAUACAUUAUCAACUUGCAAUCUCGUCUCCUUGAAGCCCAGGGUGAAGUCCCCGAGCUGCCUGCCAAUAUUGAUUUGAGCCAGCCUCGCACCACCGAGAUGGCGCUUGCCUCUGCCGGAGUCCAGAACUCCAGCCCCUCCGGCUCGGUGCCCACCCCGGGUCCCCAGGGACAACACCCCGGUUCCGUCUCUGAUGACAUGAACUCCCUGAACCGUAUCGCUGCUGCGACACUUGGCAUGCGUAAGCACCCAGAUGACGCCACCUUCCUCAACAACAACAGCUUCCAACAGAAUAAGCGGGUGCGCACGGAUGAUAACCAGGAUGGAAAUGAUGGUGUGAACAAGCAGGAAGUUUCGCACGGUCUUCCCAUGGUCAAUUAA